UUUUAUUUGUCCAUUGUUGAAACAAAACUCACGUACAUAUUAAUUCACUGUAUGGAGGUGGAUGUAGAGGGAGCUAACCAACUAAUGGAAGUAACUGGCAUCAAUUGGGCAAACAUCUGUUUAUGUCGCGUUUACUGCUAGUUGACUUUUGUGUGCCCAGCAACAUAAACCUGAAGUGUAAGAGCAACCAAAAUUGGUGUGUUUUUUUACUUUUCAUUCGUUUUUUUAACAGUCAUACACAACUUUUAGAGAGGCUGUUUGCAACUUACUCAAAGUAAAAAAAAAAUUGAAAUAACUAUACCAAGAACACAACCGGCUAGCAUGUUGCCAUUAGACAGUAUUUUUCCUAAAUGUACUUGUCAUCAAUCUGUGCUAAUGAAGAGCAGCUUGUAGGUUCAAUGUGUUAGUUGCUCAGACAGCACUGAGUUUAUUGAAGUUUCAACGUUAAUGUCUUAUGUAUUCAUGUCAGACCAGGGUGUCAAAACAUAUUCUACUGGAAAAAAUCAAAUGAUGCGGCGGCCAUUUCGAUUUUUGUAAUGAUCAAAAUAAAUACAAUAUCAAUAUAUAUAUAUAUAUAUAUAUUUUAACCUUUAGGACUCUGCUUAAGUUUGGUUCCAGUGACUUGGAAGGGUGUCAGUCAUAAAAAAAAAUGUUGUUGUUGUAAUUGUUGUGCCCAAAAAGUGUUUAUACUGUUAGUAUUGUACUAAUUAUGUACCAGCUGUUUGAUUGUAACAUGCAUUUUUGUUGUAAAUUUGAAUAACAAAAUUGGAGACGUAAUCGCCAUGUAAAAUUGCUAAUGCGGAUCAGAAGCAUGUCAAUAGCAAAGCCAAUGUGUAUGGCAGUAGCAUCAAGCUAACACAAAAGUUGAGCAUUACAUAGCUUAUGUUGGAGCGUUUUUGAGUCAAUUGCUGUGUUGGCAAUGCAAAUUGCAACAUUACCUCAUAGUAGUUUGGCUGAGUCUGCUCUCACAUGCAACCCAGGUACUAAAACAUGGCACCGUUGGAUUUUACCUGAAUCAGUGCUUGGUAGGGCCAGCGGGAUCCGGUUGGUGCCAAAAAAGUACCAUGCUUGGUAGCCAUCCCUAGCGUCCUUAUUCAAGCUUGAACAAUACAGGAGCCUCCAGCUCGGUUUAAGCCAUGGGUCUCAGACACGCGGCCCGCGAGACGUUAUUUUGCGGCCCACACCUUUAAUAUGAAAGUUUAAAGGCCUACUGAAACCCACUACUACCCACCACGCAGUCUGAUAGUUUAUAUAUCAAUGAUGAAAUAUUAACAUUGCAACACAUGCCAAUACGGCCUUUUUAGUUUACUAAAUUGCAAUUUUAUAUUUCCCGGGACUUUUUUCUUGAAAACAUUGCGAAAUGAUGACGUGUACGCGUGACGUCACGAGCUGUUAGGAAGUAUGAGCGCUGCGUACACGCACAGCUAAAAGUCGUCUGCUUUAAUCGCAUAAUUACACAGUAUUUUGGAGAUCUGUGUUGCUGAAUCCUUUGCAAUUUGUUCAAUUAAUAUUGGAGAAGUCAAAGUAGAAAGAUGGAGUAGGGAAGCUUUAGCCUUUAGCCAGACAAACACACAGUGAUUCCUUGUUUAAAAUUCACGGAGGUGAAACUUUACUAUGGAUCACAGCGAACAUGGAUCCAACCGAAUGUCAACCAGCAGGUUUCGGUAAGAAAAUUGUGGUAAAAAGUCGCUUCUUACCGGAGAUCAGCCGAGCUUGUGCCACCCAUAAAGCUGCCGUCGACUUCCCUGAGACACUGCGCGUCAACACACCUGUGGACACACACCUCCGACUAUCAGCUGCCGUCGACUUCCCUGAGACAAUCCGCGUCAACACCUGGCCGUGGACGUACACUUCUCCGACUAUCAGGGAUUUGAGGGGAGCAUUUGGCAGAAGCGGUGGCCGCGCCCAGGAAUUAUUAAGUGUAGCCAAAGUGCGGAGGUCGGAGAGAUAUGUUGAUUUUGACACAGCCGUUUCUCCACAAUUGCCAACAUGCACCAGCACCAAGCAGGCAUCUCGUCAGUGCAGCAGAUAACUAAAAGUGCAGUUGGUCCCAGGUCCAGCACGUCAUCAUUUAAUGAAGACAUUACACAUCCAGUUUGCACCCUUCGCUAGGAGAAGAGAGGUGGGGGCGAGAUCCGUCAGUGUCGGUGAAGUGGUCGCCGCCGCCGGGACGUGUGAACAUUAACGGAGGAAGUAGGAAAUUAACCGGCUGGCCAGCAGCAGGAGGACAAGUGGGGUCACGACAUGGCGGAAGACGACUAUUAGAAGAGGAAAUUCAACAACAUAAGUGACUGCGAGAGGGACAUUCUCUCAUCUCUUCAACUAAACCACCUCCGGAAGAAUGGCAACCUGCCGAAGGUCCGAUGCGGCUUGAUUUUUUUUUUCAAUUGACGCACAGGAGAAAGAGUCACGCUUCAAUCUUUUGUUUUUUUAUUUUCACGUGGAGGAACUUUUCAAUGCCUUUUUAAUGAUUCGAGACUUGAGCAAAAUGUACCCUCCUGCGCGGCAUCCGGUCGUGCACCAGCCUGGACAGCCGUUUAAGUUCACUGUGUCCGAGUCCUGCGACCGCAUCAAGGAGGAGUUCCAGUUUCUGCAGGCACAGUAUCACAGUCUGAAAAUGGAGUGUGAGAAACUAGCAGGUGAGAAGACGGAGAUGCAGAGACACUAUGUCAUGUACUACGAAAUGUCGUAUGGACUUAACAUUGAGAUGCACAAACAGGCGGAGAUUGUCAAGCGGCUGAACGCAAUCUGCGCCCAAGUCAUCCCCUUCCUCUCUCAAGAGCAUCAGCAGCAGGUGGUGCAAGCAGUGGAGAGGGCCAAGCAGGUCACCAUGGCUGAACUCAACGCCAUCAUUGGACAGCAGCAGCUCCAAGCUCAGCACCUCUCCCACAGCCACGCCAUCCCCAUCCCGCUCACGCCUCACCCAGCAGGUCUUCAGCCCCCCUUGGGCCCUGGCGCCAGUACCGCCAGCCUGCUGGCGCUCUCCUCUGCCCUGGGUCAUCAGCUGCCCCUCAAAGACGAGAGGAAACACCAGGACAGCGCCGAAGAACACCCAAGAGAGAGAGACUCAACCAAGAGCUCAUCCGUGUCACCGUCAGCCACUUUUCGGACUGGAGAGAAGCAUAGAGGCUCGAGCGAUUACACCACAGACAGCAAGAAGCAGAAGACAGACGAUAAAGAGUUGGGCUCGUCGCGCUACGAGAGUGACGGAGAGAAGAGCGAUGACAACUUGGUAGUGGACGUCUCCAAUGAGGAUCCAGCGACUCCCAGAGGAAGUCCCACCCACUCUCCCCGGGAGAAUGGUUUGGACAAAAGUCGCCUGCCGAAGAAAGACGCACCCUUGAGUCCCUCCUCCGUCGCUUCCUCCAGCAGCACACCUUCAUCCAAGUCCAAAGAGAUUAAUUUGAAUGAAAAAUCCACAACACCCGUUUCUAAGUCCAGCACUCCCACUUCGCGCUCUGAUGCGCCCACGCCCAGCAGUGCCACUACUACCCCGGGCCUGAGGGCUGCCCCCAGUAAGUCAUCCGGAGUGGAGACAUUAGCCCCUGGUCUCCGCACACCUCUGGCGGUGCCGUGUUCGUACCCUGGUCCAUUUGGAAUCGUCCCUCACCUGGGCAUGAACGGUGAACUGAGUGGAGCGGGCGCCGCCUACAGCGGCUUGCAUAACAUGACCACGGUGGCCGCAGCAGCUGUCGCCGCUUACGGACGCACACAAGUGGUUGGGUUUGAUCCUCACCACCACAUACGUGUCCCUGGUCUUCCUCCUAACCUGUCAGGCAUUCCAGGCGGAAAACCAGCCUACUCCUUUCACGUGAGCGCUGACGGACAGAUGCAGCCAGUACCUUUCCCUCCUGACGCGCUGAUCGGCCCUGCGAUCCCACGCCACGCGCGGCAGAUCAAUACUCUCAAUCACGGGGAGGUGGUGUGCGCCGUGACUAUCAGCAACCCAACACGUCAUGUUUACACCGGCGGCAAGGGCUGCGUGAAGGUGUGGGACAUCAGUCACCCUGGAAACAAGACCUCCGUGUCCCAACUGGACUGCUUGAAUAGAGACAACUACAUCCGCUCGUGUCGACUGCUUCCUGACGGACGGACGCUCAUCGUCGGAGGCGAGGCAAGCACUUUGUCAAUCUGGGACUUGGCCACGCCGACGCCUCGGAUUAAGGCAGAACUGACCUCGUCGGCUCCUGCGUGUUACGCGCUAGCCAUUAGUCCCGACUCCAAAGUGUGCUUUUCCUGCUGUUCAGAUGGAAAUAUAGCCGUGUGGGAUCUUCACAACCAGACUCUGGUGAGGCAGUUCCAGGGCCACACGGACGGAGCGAGCUGCAUAGACAUCUCCAAUGAUGGCACCAAGCUUUGGACAGGAGGUCUGGACAACACCGUCCGCUCCUGGGAUCUCCGAGAGGGCCGGCAGCUGCAGCAGCAUGACUUCACCUCACAGAUCUUCUCGCUGGGCUACUGUCCAACUGGCGAGUGGCUGGCGGUGGGGAUGGAGAACAGCAACGUAGAGGUCCUGCACGUCUCCAAACCUGACAAGUACCAGCUUCACCUUCAUGAAAGCUGCGUGCUGUCGCUUCGUUUUGCUCACUGCGGAAAGUGGUUCGUCAGCACAGGAAAAGACAAUCUGCUUAACGCAUGGAGAACCCCGUAUGGAGCCAGCAUAUUCCAGUCCAAGGAGUCUUCGUCAGUGCUGAGCUGCGACAUCUCCGUGGAUGACAAGUACAUUGUGACGGGCUCGGGAGACAAGAAAGCCACUGUCUAUGAGGUCAUAUACUAAGGGAGGGGGCGGAGUCAUCCCAUCCAAGGCACUGUUCAAUACCGUAUUUAAGUACUUUUUUUUAAAAAGCUGCUCCUAACCAAGCAGCGAUAUUUUGUUUUUUAACGAGUGAAUGUCGAUAUCCACUGAGCAAAUAUUAACUUAUUUUUUUCUAAUUUCUGCUUUUUGGAUUCCUGAAAGUGGGGCCUAUGUUUGUUUGUUGCGUUCUUGUCUUUUCUCGCUUGAAAGGAGGCAAACAUCAACAUAAACAAAUAUAAAUACACA